AUGUUCCUCUCUCUCCAUCAUAUAAAUCCGGAGUACAUGGAGAAGAUCAAGACACAUUUGUGUGUAACCAAAUAUGAGAGCAUGAAGAACUUCUUCCGGUGUAGCUUCCCUGUAUCAAAAAAUGAGUGUUGCUCGUAUGUCGGUAGCUUGUCAGACGUCGAUAAUCAUUUCGCCAUGCAUACUGGAGCCUACCGCUUCUACUGUUGGAAAUGCAACCAACUCUUCCAUGAGGAAUCAGCGACUAAUACUCAUUCGAAAAACGGGUGUCCUAGAAGUAAAUCGGAAUUUCUCGCCCACGAUGAAAAGCUCGUUCUCUUCCAUCGUAGAGCUAAGAACUUGUUUAUCAAGCAGAUUGAUAGAGAGGAUUACAAGAGGAUUCACGAAGGAAACUUACAAAUAAUGAAAAGUUCUGUAGACAAAGAUGUUCCUACAUACGACGUUUCCGCUCCAUUCAAUUCUGCGAAAAGGGCCGCGCUACCAGAUUAUCCCACAAGACAUCCCGAUCAUCGAUCAAGUCGUCAAGUUUUUGACGCCGUCGCUACACCUAGAUAUGAAGAUCAGCAGAACUUAGAUGUGCGGUCACAACCAACCGCCCCUGGAAGAUCUGAAGAGAGACAAGUUCCACGCUUGCAACCAACUGCACCGAGUAGAACAGAAAGAUCGGAGCCAACUGCGCCAAUUCGAACUCCAAGACCAGAAACCGCGCCUGUCUCUGAUCAACGACAGACUCACAUCUCAGAUCCUCGCCUGCAAUCCAUGUCUACUCCACAGGAAUGCCGACCAGCACAGGAAAGAGAACGGGAUUUGGAGCGCGAGUACUCUUCUGGCCAAAGACUCCAAACGUCGACCCGUCAACAGGAUGCUGUUCCUACUGUUCCAGCACCAAGACCGGAUUCCGAGAGACCAGCUUCACGUCCAUCCGCCGGACCGGAUAGAACACCAAGAUCGGAACUCGGGCAUGUACAAGAAUCCGUUGACAAUCAUCAAUCCGGGUUGUCAACUCCUCAAAACGAGGCCUCUCCCCGUACCUGCCCACCAAGACGAGAACGAGACUCAGGGCUUGAUAGAGCAGCUCACCAAAGAUUCCAAGAAACUACCCGUCAACAGGAUCCUGCUCCUAGUGUUCCAGCACCAAAACGAAAUUCCGAGAGGCUAGCUCCACAUUAUCAACAAAAUGUUGGGGCGGACAGAACACCGAGACCAGAGCUCGGACAUGGACAAAAAUCCGACAUGUCUCCUCCUCUGAAUGAUGCCCCUCCACGUACCUGCCUACCAAGACGAGGACGGGAUUUGGAACUGGAGUACUCUGCUGACCAAAGACUCCAAAUGUCAACCCGUCAACAAGAUUCUGCUCCUAUUGUUCCCGCACCAAGACCAAAUUCCGUGAGGCCAGCUCCACAGCAUCCCCAAAAUACUGCUCCACAUCCGUCCGUCGGAUCGGACAGAAUAUCGAGAUUAGAAGUCGGACAUGGACAAGAAUUCGUAUAUAAUCAACAAUUUGGGAUAUCUACUGCUCACAAUCAGAACGACGCCCCUCCUGGUAUCUGCCCACCAGCACCAAGAAGAGAGUGGGGUUCUGAGUUGGAGAACGGAGCUCACCAAAGAUUCCACGACUCUGACCCUCGACAGGAUAAUGCGACUACUCCAGAACAGGAAGCCUCUCCUCGUGUCUGUCCACCAGCCCCCAGAAGAGAGUGGGGCUAUGAGUUGGAGCACGGAGCUCACCAAAGGUUCCAAGACUCUGACUCUCGACAGGUCUCUGUUCCUCCACGACCUGAUCAGUUUGAAUCCCAUGGCCAUUAUCCUCAAGACUCUUGGCACAGUAAUGGGCGAGCAGGGUUUCCAACACCUGCUCACAGCCCAAAUGCUCCAUUGCUCGGACCACCAGUAAAUGAAGUGCCUCACCAUCACAACGGAUUGCAGAAUAGGGGACCUGGCCACCCUCUUCAUCCAGUUUGGGGUGUUUUUGGGUUCCAAGGCAACAGAGAUUCAAGACAACCAAAUGGAUACCAAAGUGGCCCACCCCCGUUUGUCCAUCAACAGCCAGCAAACAAUCAGUGGAACAACAACAACCCUCCAAACAGAAAUGACUUUAGUCGGGAUUACUGGGAUCAUCAAAGACCACCACGCCAUUCUAGAUCACGCCAUCCGUCCCCAGAACGUGGCGGAAACUGGAAUAGGUCUCGAUCAAGGAGUCGUCCGCAAUCAAGAGGACCGACCACUCCGAAUACCAACCGUGAUCGUUCUCCACAUCGGUCGAAGUCUCGUCAGUCUCGUCGUUCGUCACCAGAGCCAGUCGUUCAACAAGAAAACUGUACUCAGACUGCUCCCGAAGAACCCAACCAAACUUCUCUGAGUGAUCUAAGCGAUGUUCGACGCAUAAUGAAUAAAUGGUUGUCUCGAAAAAGCAGUGACGCAGAUGAGGCGGUUCAGACGACAGACCACAACAACGUGAUUGUUCACCAUCAACAAUCCGCGCAUCCACUUUUGGGAAGUCCGAUUUUCCUUCCGGCCACCAAACCCAAACCUUUGAAAGAGCUAUCUGAAAAAGAUAUUGAAUUGAAGGCGGAUCUUGAAUUGAAAGCAAGGCUAGCUGAAAUGCGUGUGGAACGAUAUUUUCCACCUCCACCGCCUCCACCACCUUCAGUGCCAGAUCAUGAGCAUGUGGGAGCAAGACAGACGGAAUCGAUCACCGAGUCUCCAGCCUCAGCUCAGGCGGAUGAUCCACCUGCCACGGACCCCGCAACCAAUCGCAUCCAUCAAGGCAUUCAAGCUCUUAGGUUUACCCUAACUGGUCAAUGUUCCAAUCGUCCACCUACUUCCAAACCAUCACCAGUUUCUCCACCACGGCCUGCCUCAGUCCUACUUGCUCUCAAAGAUAAAAAUAUCAAAACCGUUGAUCAACUUCUUCGAGAAAGGCCACUCCAGCAAACUGAACGAGUUUCUAGAAAGCGAAUCUCAAAUCAUGAUGAUGACUCGAAUGUUCAAACUCAGUUUGCUCCAGAUUGCUCCAAGCCAACAGUGAAUGCAAGAAAUGGGCGCGAGGAGAGUGAAGAUCAAGCUCCAAUCCAAAAACGAUCAAGACCAACUUAUUCGGAGACUGACUAUUCUCCAUCUUCUCCAACCUACUCUGAAACCUCUUCAUCAUCAACGGAGAAUUCUCAGAGACCACCAGCUCGUCCCAGUGGGUCUCCUCAACGCCAUCAACCAGCAUCGGUUUCGUUGAAGAUUCAAACUCCUACUCAGUUCAAGACGACGCCGACAAAGAUUCGUUACUCCCGAAGCUCAACGGAUUCUGACGGCAGUGGUGGCUCCAUUGGGGUUUCUGUCCCCAUCAAUCACACAACACCAGUCAAAAGUCGUGGCACUUCCCUGGCAGUCAAUUCCCAUGGAUCAAAUAGAAAUGCCAGUUUGUUGACUUCUCCGGAGAAGUAUCGAACACGAAAAAUGGCUCAUCCAGAGAAGUAA